UGUCUCUGUGGCUCUGCGCCAUGCCUGCUCUGUGGCUGCUGCCCCUCGGCCAAGAACUCCACUGUCUCCCGCCUCCUCUUCACCUUCUUCCUCUUCCUCGGCACCCUUGUGUCCAUCAUUAUGAUAAUCCCCGGUGUGGAGAAGGAGCUGCACAAGCUUCCCGGCUUUUGUGAAGGCAGUGGGUCGGUCCUGGGGGUCCAGACCCACGUUGACUGCGGCAGCUUCCUGGGCCACAAAGCCGUGUACCGCAUGGGCUUCGCCAUGGCUGCCUUCUUCUUCCUCUUUGCCUUGAUCAUGGUGUGUGUGCGCAGCAGCAAGGACCCGCGAGCUGCGGUGCAGAACGGCUUCUGGUUUUUCAAGUUCCUGGUGCUGGUGGGGAUCACAGUGGGGGCCUUCUACAUCCCCGACGGUGCCUUCACCUCAGUCUGGUUUUACUUUGGUGUGGUUGGCUCCUUCCUCUUCAUACUUAUUCAGCUCAUCCUCCUCAUUGACUUCGCCCACUCCUGGAGCCAGCUGUGGCUACGCAACGCGGACGAGGGCAACGCCAAGGGCUGGUACACAGCCCUUUGCAUCGUCACCUUCAUCUUCUAUGCCACCUCCAUUGCGGCCAUAGUGCUGCUCUAUGUCUACUACACCAAGCCCCAGGGAUGCACGGAGGGCAAGGUCCUCAUCAGCAUCAACCUCAUCCUCUGCCUCAUCAUCUCUGCCGUGUCCAUCCUGCCCAAGAUCCAGGAUGCUCAGCCGCACUCGGGACUGCUGCAGGCGUCCCUCAUCACCCUCUACACCAUCUACGUCACCUGGUCCGCCCUGGCCAAUGUACCAACCCAGACCUGUAACCCCACGCUGCUGGUGAGGAACAGCACUGGCUCAGCGAUGGCCACACAGCCUCUGACUACCUGGUGGGACGCCCCAAGCAUCGUGGGGCUGAUAAUCUUCAUCCUCUGCACCCUCUUCAUCAGUGUCCGCUCCUCGGCCCAUCCGCAGGUCAACAAGCUGAUGCUGACGGAGGAAAGCGCUGCCGGGGCAGGCAGCGAGGCGGCGGCCAUGGAGAGUGGGCUGCGACGUGCCUACGACAACGAGCAGGAUGGUGUGUCCUACAACUACACCUUCUUCCACCUCUGCCUUCUCCUCGCUGCCCUCUACAUCAUGAUGACGCUCACCAACUGGUACAGCCCCUGGACAGCCGUGUGGGUCAAGAUCUGCUCCAGCUGGGCUGGGCUCCUGCUCUACCUCUGGACGUUGGUGGCUCCAUUGGUGCUGCCAGACCGGGACUUCAGCUAA